ACUGGAUGAGUAGUCGCCAAGGGUGAUUACCAAUUCCAUUACUUGUAAUGCGUUGUUGCCUCGAAACCCACUCUGCUGGCCGUUGUUUGCCGCUGGGAAGUUGCCGCCACAGAACCGAGAGCUCAUUCGAAUUCUUGAGUGGAUAUUUCCCAAAGUAUUAAUUUAAACCCGACAUCUGUGUAAAAAAUCAACAGCAAUAUGUGCAAGUGCCUCGCCGGAAAUAUAGCCUGCUGUUGCUGCAGCUGCGCCAUUAGUAUGCUCGUUUCAAUCAUCAGUACUUUCCUGGUGGUCAUCAUUGUUGUGGGCUUGGCGGUCUACUUCAUCUACUACUACGAGCAGGAGGACGAAGUCACCAAACUUACCAACAAAGUCACAGAUAGCGUCCAGUCAAGCUUUGACAAAAUAAAAGAUGCCCUUAGCAGAUAAGCUCAUUACCUACGAAAUAUUUUG